CAUCUUGAGAUUAUCAGGUUUCACACUUGACUUAGGCUAGAGGUUAUCGCCAGCUUUCCGAAUCCAUGGCGUCCAAUGCCAUGGGUUCGCUAAGGUUAUCGCUCCUCUCGGCUCCGGCCCACGCUCCUCUGGAAUUCACCCAGAGCGAGUUUCUCCAGUCAGGAAGAGCCUCUCAACGCCAGCUGGUUCGGUUGGCGAAAGGUAACGAGAGGUCCGCGAAAUGCCGGUCUGUUCGUGAAGGUCGUAGCGCUACUGUCGACCCCUUGGCUGUAGCUAUCAAUGACCGCAUUUCAGUUAAUUCUCCGCCUUCGUCUAGCAGAUUCUCCGGCGAAACAAAUUCUCUGCGCGAGAACGUUUCGUCAGACGCACCUGGUGAAUCUCCUGGUAACUCCAGAACGCAUAUUUCGCCAACCUCGCUCGAAUGGCGUCCCGUGGAAAACCAGGACCCCGAUUCCUCCGAGAUUUCCACUUUCGUACUGUCGUCAAGAGGAGACGGCGCGACCGCUAACGGAACGACGGUAAACGGAACGAAGACGGAAAACGACAAGGACAAAUCCGGAUGGAGAACUCUGGCAGCAGGCCUGGAUGAAUCUCCGGGAAUCUUCGCUUCAGAAGCAGAGGCAGCCAUGGCUGCAGGCCAAUCAGGUCGGCGUCGCCGGAGGAGCAAGAUGUGGUCCUUAACGGAAAAGGGGUGGGUGCUGAAGAAAACCCUUCCUAAGGCUACUGCACGGGCUUCGCAGGCUGGUCUAAGCGCUGAUAAUGCCGCUGCUGCUGCUGCUGCCGCAGCUUCGCUAGGGGAUGCAGUAGAUGGGGUCGCCGUGGAGCAGAGCGGGAGCACAGGAACGGCGCAGCUCGGUGCUGAGGCGACUGAGUUCGGUUCCACCCGGUUCGAAGCGGUUGAGAAGCUAGAGGGGGAGGAGACGGCGGAGAGCAGUGCGGAGGACGUGGAGGUGCCGAUCGGCAGUGACGGGGGGAUCGAGGAGCGGAGCGGCAUGGCGGCGCAGGAGAUGAACGACAUCGUGAGCGACUUCCUCCUGGAGUCCCGAAUGAGCCGCGGAAUCGGCAACGACGGCGGUCUGAGCCAGCUUCCCCCCGGAGCGGCCGCUGCGCUGCGCGGAGCGCUGCGGUGGGCUCCGCGUGCGCGGAAGAAUGAGGACCCCAAGCGGCUGAAGAUCAACCUGGAUCUGGACAUCUACCGCGCGCGCAACUUCUUCCGCAUCGGGAAGGCGCAAGAGGCGGAAGCGCUGAUGCGCAAGGCUGUGCGCGACUGGCCGGACGACGGGCGGCCGUACGUGGUGCUGGGGCGCAUGCUGCAGCGGAAGGGUCGACUGGGUGAAGCGCGCCGAGUGUUCGAGGACGGGUGCCAGGCGCUGGGCGGAGAUAACGCGUUCAUCUGGCAGACCUGGGCAGUGCUGGAGGCACAGGCGGGCAAUGUAGAGAAAGCGCGCAAGCUGUUUGAUGCUGCCACGGUGGCGGAUGAGAGACACGUGGCAGCAUGGCACGGGUGGGCGGUGCUGGAGCUGAAGCAGGGGAAUGUGCGCCGGGCGAGGGAGCUGCUGCAGAAGGGGCUGAAGCUGUGCGGCGGGAACGAGUACAUAUACCAGACACUGGCGGUGAUGGAGGUGCAGAAUGGGCGCUUGGCGGAGGCGAGGGCGCUCUUCCUCCAGGCCACAAGGAUGAACGGAAAGAGCGCUGCCAGCUGGCUGGCUUGGGCGCUCCUGGAGGCACAGCAGGGAGACGCCGCCUCCACUCGCCUGCUCUUCCAGCGCGCCCUGGGCGCCAGUCCCAAGAACCCCUACACGUGGCAGGCGUGGGGGCUUUUUGAAGCGGCCCAGGGGAGGUACGACCGGGGGAGGCUGCUGCUGCAGAGAGGGGCGCAGCUCAACCCUAAAGACGCUGCGCUGCUGCAGGCGCUGGCUCUGCUGGAGUAUGAGUGCGGCUUCACAGGAACGGCCAGGGAGCUGUUCAGCCAGGCGUCUCUUGUCGACCCCAACCACCAGCCUGUGUGGACGGCGUGGGGGUGGAUGGAGUGGAAGGAGGGCCGGGUGCAGCGAGCCAGGGAGCUCUACCAGAGGGCCGUUGAGGCCAACGACUCGUCGCCCAACGCGGCCAGAGUGUUCCAGGCAUGGGCGGUGCUGGAAGAACGAGAGGGCAACAUAGGGCUGGCGCGGGCGCUGUUCAAGAGGGCACUGGCAGCAGACUCAGGCAACUCUGUGGUGUGGCGGUCAUGGGCGGCCAUGGAGGAAAGGCAGGGCAACGCCGUCAGGGCAGAAGAGCUGCGUCUGCUGCGCCUGCAGCAGCGCACUGAAGUGGUGGAGUCGACCUCAUGGGACCUGGGGGGCAUCAUAGGGCCGGCCAUCGACCGCAUGAAAGCCCUCUUCAGCCCCACGCGGCCCAUGCCAUUCUCCCCGCCUUACGCUGACAACUCCAGUAGCAGCAGCAGCAGCAGCAGCAGCAGCAGCAGCAGCAGCAGCAGCAGCAGCAGCAGUGCCACCACCACUACCGAGGCCCUCAACAGCAGCAGUAACGGUGAUAACAGUGGUAGCAGUAACAGCAGCAAGGGUGCCAACAGUGGUGGUGCUGUGGGGGGUGAGGCAGAGGGGGGUUCUGCGCCUCUCCUGGACGAGUACGGGGAUGAGGUGGAAGAAUUUGACGUGGACAAAUUUUUAGCUGCCCGGCUGCCGAAACAAUUUGCGAAGCUGCUGGAUAAUGUGGAUGGAGUGGGGAAGAGCAUCUGGAGGAAGCCCCUUACUGUAGAGGGCAUGAGACAGAGAAGGGUUGUUGGGGAAUUGGAGAGGGAGAUCUUUUGAGGUGGGAAGGAGGUGUCUGGAUGCUGGGUUGGGAAGUUGGCAAGGAUGUGUGCUCUGCCUCAUGCUUGGGUUGGUGUCUUCUACAAGCCUUGUGUGGUAUUAGGGAGAAUUGGCAGUGGCCAACACUACUGGCUGCUGUUUCUGUACGUUUCAUUCAAGCAUGACUGGUUGUACAAUGUACUCACUCUACAAGGAACGAUGCAACUUAUACGAGUUUGUCCAGGCUGUGUUUGUUGUAGUGUAAGAUUAGUAUGAA